AUGGCUACCGUCGGGGCGAGGGCGCGGGCGCGGGCCACAUUUGGAGCCUGGGACUAUGGGGUCUUCGCGAUCAUGCUCCUUGUGUCCACGGGCAUCGGGCUGUGCGUGGGGCUAGCGCGGGGCGGACAGCGCAGCGCAGAGGACUUCUUCACGGGAGGCCGUCGCCUGGCGGCCCUGCCCGUUGGCCUCUCGCUCGCUGCCAGCUUCAUGUCGGCGGUGCAGGUGCUGGGCGUGCCGUCUGAGGCCUACCGCUACGGCCUCAAGUUCCUCUGGAUGUGCCUCGGCCAGCUGCUCAACUCCCUGCUGACCGCAGCCUUCUACCUGCCAGUCUUCUACCGCCUCGGCCUCACCAGCACCUACCAGUACCUGGAGCUGCGUUUCAGCCGGGCCGUGAGGCUCUGCGGAACCCUGCAGUACCUGGUGGCCACAGUGCUGUACACCGGCAUCGUGAUUUAUGCCCCUGCACUCAUCUUGAACCAAGUGACUGGUCUGGAUAUCUGGGCGUCACUUCUGUCCACUGGAGCCAUCUGCACCUUCUACACCACUGUUGGCGGCAUGAAGGCUGUGAUCUGGACUGACGUGUUCCAGGUCGUGGUGAUGCUGGCUGGCUUCUGGGCUGUCCUGGCCCGCGGGACCAUGCUUGUGGGCAGGCCCAGGCAAGUGUUUGAGCUUGCCCAGAACCACUCCCGGAUCAACCUGAUGGAUUUUGAUCUGGACCCACGGAGUCGCUACACAUUCUGGACGUUUGUGGUAGGCGGCACGUUGGUAUGGCUCUCAAUGUACGGUGUGAACCAAGCACAGGUGCAGCGUUAUGUGGCCUGCCGCACGGAGAAGCAGGCCAAGCUGGCUCUGCUCAUCAACCAACUGGGCCUGAUCCUGAUUGUGUCCAGCGCUGCUGGCUGUGGCAUUGUCAUGUUCACAUUCUAUAUGGACUGUGACCCCCUCCUUGAAGGGCGUAUCUCUGCCCCAGACCAGUACAUGCCCCUGUUCGUGCUGGACAUCUUCGAAGACCUGCCUGGAGUCCCUGGGCUCUUUCUGGCCUGUGCCUACAGCGGCACGCUCAGCACUGCAUCCACCAGCAUCAACGCCAUGGCUGCAGUAACUGUGGAGGACCUCAUCAAACCGCAGCUGUCCUCCCUGGCGCCCCGGAGACUAGUAAUCAUCUCCAAGGGGCUCUCAUUCAUCUAUGGCUCAGCCUGUCUCACCGUGGCGGCUCUGUCCUCGCUGCUGGGGGGCGGUGUCCUCCAGGGUUCCUUCACCGUCAUGGGUGUCCUCAGUGGACCCCUCCUUGGAGCCUUCACUCUGGGAAUGUUCCUCCCAGCCUGCAACACGCCUGGCGUCCUCUCUGGGCUAGCAGCGGGCUUGGCACUCUCACUGUGGGUGGCAGUAGGCGCCACUCUGUACCCGCCCAGCGCACAGUCCAUGGGGGUCCUGCCGUCCUCGGUUGCUGGCUGUGCAGUGCUCUCAGCUAAUGCCUCUGGCGUCCUGGGCCCUCUUCUUGCCUCCAACGCCUCCAGCGGGGCCCCUAGGGUGGACUCCGGAAUAGACCCUGGUCAACCCAUCUUGGCUGACAGCUUCUAUGCCAUUUCCUAUCUUUAUUAUGGUGCCCUGGGCACAGUGAGCACUAUGCUAUUUGGAGCCAUUGUCAGCUUCCUGACAGGCCCCACCAAGCGCAGUGCCCUGGGUCCUGGCCUGCUGUGGUGGGACCUCACACAGCAGACAGCAUCAGUGGCCCCCAAGGAAGAAGCAGCCACCCUGGACGACAGCUUGGUGAAGGGGACUGAGGAACUGCCUCCCAGAGCCAAGAGACCUUCUGACUCCCCGCCCACCACUGAUGAGGACCAUCUGCUCUUCUUAGGGCAGAAGGAGGUGAAUGGAGUUGGCUCUGGCUCUUGGACUCCCAGCAGUGGACAGGAAGGUGGUUGUGACCUACGGGAGACAGACCUCUGA